AUGCGUCUGUUCCCGUCGUGCCUUCUUCUUGCGGGCAGUGCUGCCCUCUGCGCCCGUGCGGCAGACAUUUCGGAGAGCAGCAUUGAGGUGUCCUUCCGCCCACAAGACCUUCCACAGAAGACGACAACUUGCAAAGCACUCAACCGCGCCGCGCGAACGCUGGAGGAUAUCCAGAUCGAGUACAUCGACGUGAACCCGACAGCAGAACGGACCCUCCUGAUGGUGCACGGUUGGCCCAGUCUCUGGCAUAGCUGGAAGUUCCAAGUCGAGGAGUUCAAGGAUGACUACCGCCUCAUCAUUCCGAACAACCGCGGCUUUGCAAACUCCACACAUCCCGGGGACUUCGUGGCGUCUGGUACCUGGGCAGAUAUGGUUGGUGACCUUAUGUGUGUCCUGGAGCAUGCUGGGGUCAACACCGCUGUGUGCAUGGGACAUGACUGGGGCAGCGAGCUCUGCUAUGAAGCCGCACGCAUGCGGCCCGACCGCAUCACCGCCGUGCUUGGUGCUGUCGUCCCAUACAUGCCCUCCGAGGGCUCUUUUGCGCCAUCGAGCGCGCUCGUGCCGUACCUCCCGCGGCUCGCAUACCAGAUCUACCUGGGAGAGUCCCCCGACUCCGCGUCCGUGGAGCUGAACAAGGACGUGCGGCGGACGCUCAGGGCAACGUUGCGCACAGUAGCGAGCCCUCCGCCGGAGACAUUCUUAGAAUCGACGACAACGUACUUGGGCGCAUGGAAGGAGGUGAAGGAGAUUCCACCUAUCCCGUUCUUCACAAAAGAGGAGGAGGACUACUGGGUGGAGCAGUACAGCAUACAGGGCUUCGAGUUCACUCUUGAAUUUUACACCAUAGCUAAUCAGCUUGGUUCCUGGGAGUUCAUCCACGCGCAGGGUAACUACACCAUACCCCAGCCAGCACUGGCAAUCCUUCCGAUCCAUGAUCCUGUCGCAAACUGGGAAAAAGCCAUGCAGCUACUCAGGUCGCAACACUUCCUUCCGAAUUUAGCAGUGAAGACUAUGGAUGGAGCGCAUUGGCCGCAGCUCGAAUUCCCGAAAGUGUUCAAUCGUUUUGUGCGGGAGUGGCUGAAUGAGAUUGAGGGAAAGGAGACAAAACCUCAGGAUACGGAGCAGGCAGUACUUCAUGUGCGUUCGGCGGGUGAAUUAUGA